AUGAAUACUGCUGCGACUGAACGCCCCCCGGCUGCGUAUAACCGGGGCUACUCCACUGAUGUGGACAAGAUCCGCGAGCAGGAUUAUCCCUUGUUGAAUGACACAACUUAUCUGGACCACGCAGGAACGACACCAUAUGCAAAGUCCAUGAUCGAGACCUUUUCCAAGGACAUGACAUCCAACCUUUUCGGAAACCCCCAUUCAAUGUCUCUGUCAUCGCAGCUCUCGACAACACGAACGGACGAUGUCAGACUUCGGGUUUUGCGCUUCUUCAAUGCUGACCCGGACGAAUUUGACUUGGUUUUCGUGGCGAAUGCAACGGCUGCCAUCAAACUGGUAGCCGACUGCCUCCGCGAUUCUGACCACCGAGGCUUCUGGUAUGGAUAUCAUAUCGACUCCCAUACCAGUGUCGUCGGCGUACGAGAGUUGGCCGAGUUGAAUUUCCAGUGCUUCCAGAGCGAUGUGGAGGUCGACAACUGGAUCCCCGAGCUGGCCUCGAACCAAACAAAGGCCCCAAGGCUCUUUGCCUUCCCCGCACAAUCGAACUUGAAUGGCCGACGUCUGCCUCUUCGCUGGUGUGAACAGAUUCGUUCUGCGGCAAAUGGCGGGAACGUGUUUACUUUGCUCGAUGCGGCCUCGCUCGUGUCGACAUCGCCUCUUGAUCUCAGUUCGUCGGCCCCCGAUUUCACUGCUCUCAGCUUCUAUAAGAUUUUCGGUUUUCCGAAUCUGGGUGCCUUGAUUGUGCGCAAGAGUGCUGGCCGUGUCUUCGAGAGACGGCGAUAUUUUGGCGGUGGUACGGUCGACAUGGUGCUGGCGGCGGGUGCGCAGUGGCACGCGAAGAAGGAGUCCUCAAUCCACGAGCGCCUCGAGGAUGGGACUCUGCCUUUCCAUAGCAUUAUUGCCCUCGAUUCCGCCAUUAGCACACAUGAGCGUCUCUUUGGCUCCAUGGCGAAUAUUUCUUCCCAUACCGCGUUCCUCGCCAAACAGCUUCACGACAGGCUGUCUGUUUUGAAACAUUGGAAUGAAACCAGUGUUUGUCAGAUUUACAAAGGCAACUCGACGUAUGGAUGUCCGGUCACUCAAGGACCGAUCAUCGCUUUCAAUAUACGAACCAGCAAAGGCGAAUGGGUUCCAAAGACGGAAGUGGAAAAGUUGGCUACUGUCCAGAAUAUUCAGAUCAGAACAGGGUCUGUCUGCAAUCCCGGAGGCACUGCAUGCUCGCUUGGAUGGACAGGCGCCGAAUUACGCCGGCACUACUCUACGGGUCUACGAUGCGGCGAUGAUCAUGACGUUUUGGGAGGCCGUCCAACUGGUAUCCUUCGAGCUAGUCUGGGUGCCAUGACAAACAUGAAAGACAUCGACUCCUUCGUUGACUUCAUCGAGGAAUUUUACGUAGAGAAGGUUCCUCCCAUCGUCGCACUGAACCCACUCGUCGAAGAUGGUGACCCUGUUGACCGCCACUUCUAUAUCGAAAGUCUCUCGGUGUUCCCAAUCAAAAGCUGCGGUGCGUUCAAGAUCCCCGAAGGGAAACGAUGGGAGGUCAAACGAGAAGGUUUGGCAUGGGACCGGGAAUGGUGCCUCAUCCACCAAGGCACAGGAGCCGCGCUCAGCCAGAAAAGGUAUCCUCGCAUGUCCCUCAUCCGGCCCUCUGUGGACCUCGAUCGCGGCAUACUGCGCAUCACUUGCGGGUACCUGAGUGACCAAGUGAGUCUUGAGAUCUCACUUGGCUGGGAAGACACCAGUCUUAUUUCCACUUCGUUGUGUCAAAACUCUUCGAAUAAAAAGGCCACUAUGGUUUGUGGAGACCAAAUCUCGCUGCAUGCCUAUGCGUCGCCCGUGGUAUCUGCUUUUUUCUCAGACUUCCUUGGGGUUCCUUGCACUCUUGCUCGAUUCCCCUCUCAAUCCGCCACUCGAUUCUCCCGACCACCUCGCCUGUCCGGGACAUGGAAGAACAAAUUCCGCAAGUUUAUUAUGCCAGGAUCCUUCCCACCCGAUCUGCCACCACCAGCCCGCGAACAGGGCAAACGACUUACCUUGUCUAACGAGAUGCCUAUUUUGGUCGUCUCUCGCUCGUCAGUAAACCGACUUAACGAAACAAUAAAAGCAAACUCGAAACAAGGUAUAGGGGCUGGUAAGGCGGUCGCGGCAGAUGUCUUCCGCGGCAACAUUGUCGUCGCUGAGCGACUGGCUCGUCUCGGCGAUGCAGAGCAGCCAUAUGCUGAGGAUCACUGGGGUGGUCUCCGGAUUGGACCUGAUCAGCUUCGCAUCGAUGUGCUCGAUGGAUGUCAGCGUUGCCAAAUGGUUUGUAUUGACCAGUUCACCGGUCUACGGCGCUCCGAGCCAUUUUCCACUCUCGCAAAGACGCGCAAUAUCGGUGGAAAGGUCACAUUUGGUCGAUAUGCAGCACUUUCUCCCGAUGAAUUUGAAGGGCUGGACCUGGAGGCAACCGAGCGCCGGACGGUCAUGGUCGGUGAUGUGGUUACGCCGACAUAUGUUGACAACUAA